AUGGGCCUUAGUCAUCCAUCCUAUCAGCCUUAUCUCUUCCGUAUCAGAGAUUGCCACGGCUCCGGCUCCGAGCCGAGAGCCAGAGCCGGAAAUUUUGGGUACGGCUCCGGCUCCCGAGCCCAAAGUCGGAGCCAGGCUUCUCAGCGUUCAGAAAAGUAAAAAUUUCAUGACCUGGUUAAACCAAAUUGCUUGAAAAAUACUGGGAAGGAUGUGCUGCAUACAACUUGGCUCCAAAACGUUGGGUGUAUGAUCUCUGGCACUAAUAACUUUUAUUUUUGGAAAAAUAUUUUAGAAAAAUUUUCAUGGGAGCCGGGAACCGGAGCCAGAUCUGAAAAUUCGGCCUUGGCAGUCUCUGUUCCUUAUUCAAGAUAUUGGUACCUAAUAUUGAUUGUGGAGACUCUACAGAACGCGCGUCCGCACAGCUUACAAUAAUCUUGAUAUGAAAGAACGCGGGCUUUGACUGACCUUUCGCUUGGGUAACGCGCGCUAAAAGCUCGCGCGACAGUUGAUAGAUCAUUGGGAAAUUUAUAAGGUGUGAAAUUAGAACUCUGUUCUUGGCGUCAGUGCUGCAAAACAACAAUCUCUGAGUCCAAAAUUUGAAUUGUCAUCAUUUCGCAUAUAUUUCUAAUCCUCGUUUUUCUCAUAUAAAAUAUUACUACUCUUCCCAAUUUGCAAAAUGAUUCAACCUACUUGGCUCCGACUAGAUUCUCCCGUAAGUAAAAUACACCAUUAUUGUCACCCCGCUGAUUUCAGAUUUGGUGUAAAGUAGCCGAUUACUUGGAUGUAAAGUCAAUCUUUCGAUUAUCAAAAACAAACAGCUAUUUCGAACAGCUACUGAAGAAGCGGAGAGAAGAGAUUUACAAAGAAAUCUGCUGCCGUUGCCGUAUUUAUAAACUGGAGAAUGAGAGUUGGGCUGAAGCGUUCGAACAGUAAGUUUUAUUUUGGAAAAGAUUUACUCUAGAGACCUCUGAAAUUGCUCGUUGCUGAGUGGUUUAUAUGUACUAUUAUAGUUUGUUUUACAGAGGUUUUACUGUAUUAUAUCUUUUAAAAAUCAAAUUUUAAUUUUAAGGAGUCCCCAACGAGAAAUUACUGCUCCUUUUGGAGGCCCUGGUAUUGUGGACGGCCCGAACUAUCUGUUUCUCGCCUUUGAUCCCUUCGAGAGCUCUUCAAGAUUUGCCUUUAUAGCUGAAACUCAUGUCAUCGUUACGGAUUUUGAUGUCGGUAAACGGUUUUAUCGCUAUUUCCCCAUCGAUUACCACCAUACCGGCGAGGAUCAAGUCUGUUUGUUGAUGGGAGGGAAGAUAUUAAGUGCCUACGUAGGUUAUUAAGACAAACUUGUACAAACUUACAUUCCUUUCAAGUACAAUCAAACCCAAACUUUGCAAGUCUACGAGGUUGAUAGUCAAAAACUCCUAGCUGAACAGAGAUUUGGCCCCGGAAGUUAUCAAUGCCACGGCUCAGUUAUGGAUGGAAACCGAAUUUUUAACGUGAUUACCAGAAGAUUUCAUCAACUACCAGGGGAAGACGAGUACUAUCUUCAUUACUCUUGCUACAAAAAUGGAAAUCAAUACUAUCUAGUGUCGGCAAGACACGUAUUUUACGCAUUCAGCGCAGAGGAAGAGAGGCUAACAGAAGUGAUCAAGUUUGAUAGAGCGACUUCGGCGUUUUACAUGAUGAAAUCACACACUGUUGUUUUUAGUAGGUUUCUUUUCACAGUAAUGGUAGAAAUGGUCUGUCACUGUAAGCUUUGCAAAAAAGCAACUUUUUUUAUGCGGAAAAAGCUAUGAGGAAGCCAAGUUUCCCUGGUCGACUUUCCUUAUAUUUUGUGUUAUCUAUGCCUGGCAAAGGCUGUCAUUUUAAACAGACUUAUUUUCUUGAAUUAACAAUGAUUUCCGACGUUAUUAAAAAAUUUUUUUUUAGAUGAUCGAAUAACAACUACUCAUCAUCACUUCCCCUCUGGCAAAACAGUUCACACGGGCCUUGAUGGGCAAUAUGGACCCGAGGGAUUCACCAAACUGUGUGACUUCGCUUUUAUCUUCGGAGUUGGGUCUUACAAUGACAACCAAAUUCUUUACGUCUACAAUGAAAAGACGGAGGAAUGGGUUAGAAAGUGUAAAAGAUUCAAGAACAUUGACUUCUGCCCUCUGCUGUUGUUGCCUCAAUUUCACUGCAAUGGCGUUCGGAAGGUGAAGAUAAAGAAAGAAAGUGCGGAAGAGGUCUACAAGUUCGUCUAUUUUCACUGUGAAGGCGGCGAAGUUAUGUACAGGGUUCUUGAUGAGGGAGUUGAUCGAUGGGAGCAAAGUUUUGAUUACUUUCCGAUGCUGGAGGAGGAAAUCAGGACAAAAUGGAUGGGAAGAAGACUUGUGGACGAUAUUUAUUCUGUUCAGAACUAA